UGAAUGAAAGAUAUGUUUUGAAUAGGGUUAAGAUAGCCAAAGAUAUAAGAAGCUUGGAUCAACUGCUUUAGUUGUUGGGCCCUUCACUAUUGUUCGGAAGCUAACCGGUUUUGGGUUGGGCACUCGAAGUAGGCCCAUUUACCAACCUAUACAUUUUCGUAAUACCAUAUAGGGUAAUGAUAUAUAAGUCUUUCUACCAUUGCGAGCGCAACACAUUUUUGCCGCAGCAUAAGAGAAAACCUAGAUACACAUUAAGUGCAGAUCUCAUCAAUUCAAGCAGGCAAAUCAGUCAUCAAGAAUUCAUCAUGGCAAAAUCUAUCAAAAUCGGUUCACUAUGGAUAGAGUUAUCCGAAGACAACCAUUUGGAUGCACACCAAUCUGAAGCUUCCACUAUACGUGAUGAACAGUCGGAGCAGCAACCAUCACAUCCAUCGGUAGAAAAUUCAAAUAAUAAUGUUGUCAACUCUGAAGCUGAUGAUAUGAUGAUCAUCAGUGAUGAUGAUAAUGAAGCUGAACUUGUUAAAAACACAGAAAAGCUAACUAUCUUGGAAAAUAAUUGCAACAUUCAAAUAUCAAGUGUUCCACCACCAAAUGUUUGUCAAGGUAAUAUAACUUCAAAGGAUUCUCCAAAAAAGAUUAGAUUGCUAGCAGACAUAUUUAAAGAAUUGGAUUCAAAAAAGACAAUAUAUCAUGCUAAGAAGAAACAAAUAAGUCAAUGGAUCAAAGAAAGUGAAAACAUGAUUCCAACAAUUGAAGUUGAUGAGGGUAAAAUGAAAGCUUCAGAUAAUCAUGAAGAUGAUGAUGAAUUGAGCAUCGUUAACAAAGGAAAAGAAAAAAUAAAUAAAAUUAAUAAUGACUCGGAUUCAUCAUCUUCAUGGAAUGAGGAAAAACUUUCCUCUGCCUCUCACUUUGAGCUUUUCCCACGCGAUCCCCUGCUGUUUGGAGAAGGCGCCUCCAAAUUUUUUGAAGAAAAUAGUGUGUCCGCGGACACAAUUGAAGAGUAUGGAGCUGAUGAUAUUAUAAUGGAUGACGAUGAUGAGAUUUUUCAAUACAAUUCAAUGUAUUUUGAUAGUGAGACUGAUGAAGAGGAGUUGAAGAAGAAUCCCAAAAGAAGAAAAUGGGGAAAAGAUUGA